GAAGGGAAAGCAAAAGAGCUGAAAAACUUGUUUUGUGAGAAAGCUUCUAUAAAGGAGUUUGAAGGUGUCACCUUGGAUCAACUAGAGGAAAUAUCACGCAUCUUCAAAGUUGCAAUAAACGUUUAUGAACAGGAUGAACAGAGGAACACUGAUUUGAUAUUCAGAACCAUCACGGAGUCUGACAAUCCUCUGAACCUUAACCUGUACGGCGAGCACUUUUCUUUUAUCAAGAACUUAGCCAUUUACUCCCAGUCCUAUAGGUGUGCAAAGUGUGAUAAGAUAUGGUCGAGCUCGGGGAACUUCCAUAGACAUGUUCGAAAUUGUGAAGCAGGUGUUAAACACAAAUACGGUACCGGUACAUUUGAGCUCCGACCCACUGUUUUUGAGGCUCUUGAGGAGGAGGGAGUUUUCGUGCCACUGGAACUUCGACCUUUUCCAUUCAUGGCCACUUAUGAUAUUGAAUGUAUGUUGAAGAAGGAAGUAGAUAUCAACGACACAGCUAAAAUAAACUAUACGUCUAAACAUGAGCUUGCGUCUGUUUCGGUCUGUAGUAAUGUACCUGGAUUUACCUCUCCGAAGUGUUUCAUCUUGCCUUGUGAGGGAGGUCAAAAUCAGCUUGUGAAGAAGUUUGUUGAUUACCUCAUGAACAUCAGUGAAACUUCAUCUGCAAUUCUACGUGAAAGGUACUCGAAGUAUCUUGAUCAGAUAAGCUCAGACAGGACACUUCAAAGAUUUGAGGAGCAUAUUACACAGUUGCCUGUGCUAUCGUUUAACGGUGCCAGUUAUGAUUUGAGAAUCUUAAAAGAGUUUAUUAUCCCUGUUAUCAUUGAUCUAGACUCACUUAAGUUUGUCAUAAAGAAAAGUACAAGUUACAUGGCAAUAGUGACUGAAGAGCUGCGUUUUCUUGAUGUAAUGUAUUACAUCGCACCUUCGUUUGACUAUUCUCAGUUCCUUCACGCCUACGGUGCUAACGCUCAGAAGGGUUUCUUUCCAUAUGAUUGGUUUAAUGACUUGAAGAAGCUUGAGUCAGAUCACUUCCCAUCUUACCAGGACUUUUACUCUUCAUUAAAAGGAUCCAACACACUUCAACCCACUGCGACGGAAAUUUUGGGUGCAGAUGAAGUUAACCUUAUAGGAAGAAAACCGUCGAAAGGUACCCCACUUACAUCCGACGAAAUGUUCCAAAUCUCUCAGCUGAGAUAUGAGACAGUAAGCAACAUGUUCUACGAAAACAAAUGGACUAUGAAGGAUUAUCUAAUCCAUUAUAACAAUGCAGAUGUCAAACCAUUUUUAAGUGCCCUCAAGAAUAUGUCUAAGUACUAGUACUACAUCGACCGAGGUGUUGACGCUUUCAAAGACGGAUUUUCAGUUCCUGGAAUUGCAGAGAGGCUUGCGUUCAAAACUUUGAAACCUGAUGAAAAUUUUCUCCUAUUCAAUAAAAGGAACGCAGAUCUGGUAGAACUUUUCAGAGGAAAUAAUGUUGGUGGCCCUGCCAUCAUUUUCGAUAGAUAUCAGGAAGCAGGUGUCACAAAUAUCAGACAUAGCAACGAAGGAAAGCAGUGUAGGAGAAUUUUGGGCUAUGAUGCAAACGCACUGUACCUCUGGUGUAUGCAGCAACAAAUGCCAUGUGGUAUGUUUCUUCGAAGAAAACGGGAGGAUCUUUUCGAGAAGAAAUAUCCAAAGCCUCAUUCUGCUGCGUGCAGUGAAUGGAUGGGUUAUCUUGAAACAACACGAGGGAUUGAUAUACAACAUGCACGCAAUGGGACUGAAUUUAGAGUAGGGAGCAGAAAAAUACCGGUGGAUGGUUAUUCCAGAGAAUCAAAGACUGUAUUUCAAUUCCACGGAUGCUUCUUCCAUGGGUGUCUUUCCUGUUUUAAGUCUCCACAACACGACCGUGAAGAAUCUCGUAACGGUUGGAGAUCCUUUGACGAUCGCUAUAAGGCCACUGGAGAGGUAUCUGACUACAUUACUGAUGAGGGGUAUCGAUUAGAGGUGAUUUGGGAGUGUGAAUGGAAAGAUCUGAAGAAAACUGUCGAAUUCAAAAACAAAUACUUGUAUCCGGGAGAGUCGAAUGUUUACAUGAGAGAGUCCCAGAUACUAGCUAUGGUGAUGGACGGCAGCAUGUUUGGUGUAGUUGAAGUGGAUAUUGAGGUUCCGGAAGAAUUGAAAGAUCAUUUCACAGAGAUGACACCAAUAUUCAAAAACACGACCAUAUCCUUAUCAGACAUUGGACUUUACAUGACGGAUCAUCUGACUCAAUCCAAACAGAAUUUCCGAGAUCGGAGAUGUUUAAUUGGAUCUAUGUUUGGGACCAAAAUUCUCUUGAUAACUCCACUCCUGAUUUGGUAUGUAAAGCAUGGCCUCAAAGUGACAAAGAUAUAUCAGGUCAUCCAAUUCGAUCCGAAGGAGUGCUUCAAACGAUUCGGAGAUCAAGUGUCUGACGACCGAAGAGCUGGUGACGCUGACAUCACUAAAAAGAUCAUUGGUGAUACAUCAAAGCUUAUAGGUAACAGUGUCUAUGGACAUUCGAUCAUGGACAAAUCAAAGCACACUGCGGUCAAGUUUUGUGGAAUCGAGAAAGCGUCAAAAGCUAUCAAUGAUCCCUUCUUCAGUUCAUUUGAGGAGUGUGGUGAAGAAACGUUCGAGAUAACGCUAAAAAAGAAGUCUAUCAAACAUGACCUACCGAUCCAGUUAGGCUUCUUCGUAUAUCAGUAUGCUAAGAUGCGAAUGCUUAGCUUUUACUACGAUGUUGUUGAUCGAUUCGUUGACAGACAAGACUACUGUGUUUUAGAGAUGGAUACAGACAGUUUGUAUCUUGCCGUCAGUGGAAUGGAUUUAGACAGUGUUGUAAAGCCUGAAAUGACACAAGAAUGGGAGGAAGCUAAAAAAGAGUGGUUUCCACGGAUUGACAGCAAAUCCAAUGCGGCAUACGAUCUAAGAACCCCAGGAUUAUUCAAGAUGGAAUGGGAAGGUGACGGGUUUGUCGGCUUGGCUGCCAAAACUUAUUACUGCUUCCAUAACGAGUCUCCCGACAAGGAUAAACAUAGUGCAAAGGGUAUCAAUAGACAUUUCCGCCUGACCAAAGAAGAUUAUUUGAAGGUUCUCAACAAAGACCCGAAACAAGAAUUACAAGUAAACAAGGGUGAGGGCAUGUACACAUACGAACUCACCAAAAAGGGACUUGAUCAUUUAUAUGUCAAGAGGAAGGUUUUAGAUAACGGUAUUAGCACGACUCAUUUAGAUAUUUAAGGUGGUGUGUGAUUGUCGACUAAUUGAGAUGAAAACUUAGCAUGGUUUUUUUUCGGAUUUUAAACUUUUUUCAU